UCGGAACCAGGAAUGAUGUCACUUUAUUUGUAUACAUCCCGGCCAUGCAUAAUCAGCGAACGACGUCUCUGAGCUGACGGCUUCAGCAGAUUCCAGCGCACCACCGGGACGGUCACCACCGGAUUCCUGUUCACCUGUGGCUUCCACAAAAUGGAUCCGCAUAAGAAGUGGACACCAGAAGAACCGAAUACCCCGCCGAAUUUCUCAAACAGAAGAAUGAAUUCAGGGGCUGAUAAUAUGUAUGCGGAACAGGAACAUCCAGACAACCUGAACAAUCAAAAUACGACGGACAAUCAAAAUACGCAGUCAGAACAAAAUGACAGACAACCACAAUAUGCGGGUGCCUACACAGUGAUCCCCCCUAACGAGUCUCGUCGCAGCAAACUGCAGCGAAUGGCACAGCAGGAGGAGCAGGAUCUGCAGAGAUGGAAAGAGGAGCACCGUCCUGGCCCAAUCCAGCUGCCCCCGUCCCAGCUGGGUGGCUCUGUAUCACUGGAUGAGGCCAGAAAGAAGCAGUUUCUGCAGGCAAAGCAAUCUAAACUCCAGAAAAAGCUGAAACAGGAAGAAAUGGACAGAAUACGGAGGGAAGAGGAGGAAAAAAAGUACGAGCUCAUGAAGACUACGCAGCGUGAAAAGACUAUCAAACUAGAGCAGAAGAGUAAGGAAGAGGACGUGCGGAGAAGGUUCCAGUACGAACAGGAUCGCCAAGCGAAAACGGCGGAGUUUCUUCAAAGGGUCGGCGGAUCCAGCUUGGCUCCAACGGCAACGAGCAGCGCUCCUCCUACGUCAUCCUGGGUGCGCGGGAAGGAGUACAGGGAGGCCCAGAGACAGGAGGAGAACGACCUUUUGCUGCAGAAGAGAGAGGAACAGAGGAGGAAGGGUGAACACCUAGAAGAGAAACAGAGAAGGCUGGAAGAGGAAAGGCAGAGGGAAACUAAAAUGGACCACCGACGGGUUAAUUCUGCUUUCCUGGACAGAAUUGAGGGCAGGGCCAGUUCAGCUUUGGAGGCGGAGCCUGCUCCCGCCACCCCUGAAGACUGCUGCGGCCUACAGGUCCCCGGCCCAACCCUGGGGGCCACGCUGAGCUCGGGGGCCACACUGACCCCAGAUCUGGCAGACGGCACAGAGGAGGCCGGUAGCGAUCGUGACUGGGUGGUGAUGAAACUCAUCAAUGACUUUCCCUUCUGUGAGCGAGACUUCCUGGAGGACAUUGUGGAUCAGUGCGAUGGAGACUACCAGCGGGCCUACAGCCUGCUCCAGUAGACCCCUCAGCUGAAGCUGUCCUCUGCUCCAGUAGACCCCUCAGCUUUAUUGGGAGUCUUUAUUGGGAUAGAUGCAGAUGGGUAGUGUGUGGAAAUGGUGGCUGUGGGGUAGUGCUCUGCUGAUUAGAGUUUUAAUUGUAGUUUUGGUGAAACUUGAGCAAGAUCCAGCUUAAGUGUCAAUAACUUCAUAUGUAAACCCAAUCCAACCAGGAGAAGGGUUGGGAUUUUCAAGCUACCGCCCAACCCACACAAACUAAAUUAGCAUCACGACAUGCGACAUGCGGCAUGCGACAUGAGACAUGCGAACAGAAAGCUAGAAUGUCCAACAUUUGUUAUGACAUCAUUAUGUUUUUUUUAAUAAGGAGAUAAUAAUUAAACUGACAUUAAUCUUA